AUGGAGGCAGACAAGGCCCCGGAAGACGAUGUCCUGGACGGCGAGGAAUCUGAGUUAGAGAGCCAGGGGCGAAGCCCGGAGCCCGAGACCCUGGUGGCAGACAAUGCCACUCGGCAGCUGGAGGACGUCGAGGAGGAGCCCCCCGUGGAGGAGAUCUCGGUCGAGGAGGACACCCUGGACGCUGCGGACCCUGGGGAGGCCCUUUCCCAGCUGGAGCACGUCCUGGAGAAGGAUUUAAAGGAGGACAUUCCGGAAGUGAGUCGACUGUCCAUCAGUGACAAGUGGCCAGAGCCCAGAGGGAGGAAGAAGAAGAGGAGGAUUUUCGAUUUGGCAAGACCCAAAACCAACUGGCAAACCUUGAAAGACAGGCCAUCCGUAUACUGGACCGAGAGGUUUCUGGAGGACACUACCCUGUCUGUCACCGUGCCGGAUGUGUCCCACCGAGUGGAGGAACUGGCUCGACCUAAAAGAUUCUACUUGGAGUAUUACAACAACAACAGGACCACUCCCAUCUGGCCUAUCCCCCGGUCUACCUUGGAAUACCAAGCAUCUAGACGCCUGAAGGAUCUGGCCACCCCCAAGAUCCGUAAUAACAUUUGGAGCAUAAACAUGUCUGAGAUAUCUCAGGUGUCCAGGGCAGCCCAGCUGGCCAUUCCCAGCCCACGAAUCCUCUGCCUGGCCAAGCCCCGAUCCCCGGCCCCCAGGCUGGAGGAAUGGGACCCUGUGCCGAAGCCCAAGCCACACGUGUCUGACUACAACCGCCUCCUUCACUUGGCCAUGCCCAAAGCCCAGUGGGACAACUGCAUCCCAGACCGAGACCCUCGCUGGGAGGUGCUGGAUGUUACCAAGAGAGCAGUGGCCAGUCCACGGACCCUCUCUCUGGCCAAGCCAAAGGAGCGCAAGGACCUCAACGAGGAUUACGACCCCUACCACCCCGCCUCUCCGAGCUCGCUGCCCCCAAGAGCAUCACCAAAAAAGUGUGACCAGCCAGCGGCUAUUUUUGCCUAUCCAACUCUGGCUUGUGUCCUGCGAGCGUUCCACACUCAGAAAAGCUCCCAGAAUAAAAUCAGCUAA